AUGGUAGAAAUUCUUCCUAUUGCCGUUUGGUUUGCGAUUGUUCAGGCGGCGUUGGUAUGUGCGAGCGUUGUCACACUAUUAUUCCAGCGGCCCUAUUACAAACGCGCUCCUCCAACCACUGAGGCUGGAUGCAACGUGCCACCAUUAUUGCCAGUGGAUCAGCAGCGAGACCCUUCAGUGGCAUUUUCUGACAGCCAACGACCGACACGAUUGUGCGUUGAGACGACCCUUCUCACCAUCAUUUCCAUUUUCGGGGUUUACUAUACUGCCCGGCAACAUCAAGGCACGACGUAUGAUGACAAUGACAUUUACGAGAUGGGUGUCCCUGCCAUUGCGUUGAUGACUUGGUCGUAUACUUGUAUACUUUCAUGGAUAUCUCUUUGGUAUCGAUUACCUAAUGAUUGGGGAUUUGUGCUCAACGUGCACCUCUGUGUGCUCUUUUGCUUUACAUGGUGCAGCAUUGUUUAUGACAUCUAUGAGUCUCGCAUUUUGACAGCUCUCAACACGCUUCAAUUCCUCCUCACAACCGAUCUCGUGUACAUCACAUUGACCACAGCACAAGGACCUCGUUUCUUGGAUCCACAAGGCCGACCUGUGAUUGAAUACAAAGUAUCCUCGGUGAUUGGAACACUCUUCUUUUCAUGGUUGACGCCAUUGAUUCGCUUUGGAUACAAAAAGCAACGUCUCGAUGAAGAUGAUAUCCCAAGUUUGCCUCCUGGCUAUCGUAGCUCGUAUUUGAUGGAUCUCUUUGGAAGAUUUCGAGGUGCUCGUCUUUUGUAUCGGCUGUAUCGUGCCAAUCGCUCAAUGUUGGGAAUUUACUUUGUGCUAUCGGUUGUCAUGGCUUUGCUUCAUUUCUUGCCACCCUUCCUUGUGAAUCAAUUUCUCGAAUUGAUACAAGAGCAAAGCGACAAUUAUCUCGAGUUAGCAUGGAUAGUCAUCUUGUUGCAAGGUGGAUCGCUCGUUAUACGUGGUGUUCUUGAAGGGCAAUUUUGGUUCCUGACGGGUCAAGUGUUCCAGGUGCCUGUACUUGCAACAUUGUAUUUGGAGGUGUACCAUAAAGCGUUACGCGCACGUGUAAUCGAGCAAGAACAACAAUCCAACAAGGAAGAAGGGGAAUCAUCCUCUGCUAGCAUUGGUGGACAAGGAGUGAAUUUGAUGAGCACGGAUGCAUACAGGGUAUCCACGAUCGCCCUUUGGCCAAUGAAUUUGAUUGUCAUGGCACCCGUUCAAUUGGUGGUUGGCAUUUAUUUCCUAUACACACUUCUUGGUAUCUCGUCUCUAUUUGGCCUAGCGGUGAUGCUCAUCACAUUGCCUGUCAAUCACUACAGCGCCAAACUACUUGCAAAGACACAAAUGGCAUUGGGUGAAGCUCGCGAUAAGCGGGUCUCACUCAUGAACGAGGUCCUUCAGGGUAUUCGUCAAAUCAAGUUUUUUGCUUCUGAACGUAGCUGGGAAAAGCGUAUCAUGGCAACGAGAGAGAACGAACUUGGCUUGCUUCGAACCUCUUAUUUGGUGCUCGCAUCAUUGCAGCUGGUGUGGCAAGGGUCACCCGUAUUAAUUGCUUUAUUGUCAUUCUGGUCAUUUACAGUCUUGGAGCAAAAAGAACUCACUGCUGCUAUUGCAUUUACGAGUAUCAUUGUUUUCAAUCAAUUACGAUUCGCUCUCAAUGCUCUCCCUGAAACCUUUGUCGAGCUGAUCAAGGCAUACACGAGUGCCAAACGACUUGAUCGCUUCUUCAACGUCCCUGAAAUCUCUCAACCAGAAAGCAAUGCCAACGACAUUCACCGCAUCGGAUUCCGUGAUGCAACAGUAACAUGGCCGGCAAACUCAAGCAUUGACGACACUGGUUUCUUUAUUAAACACGUCAACUUGGAAUUCCCUCAUGGCGAGCUUAGUCUGAUCAGUGGAAAAACUGGUGCUGGCAAGAGUUUGUUGUUGACGAGUCUACUUGGUGAAACGACUAUCGUCCAAGGAUACGUUGAUUGUCCUCGUGCACCUUUGAUAUGUGAUCAUGAUGCGUCUACGAUGAUGUCUACUUCUUCUUUUAUCGAUCAAGACGAUGGUUGGAUUGUGGAUCAUGCAGUAGCGUACGUUGCACAAAAUGCUUGGCUUCAGAAUGGAUCGAUUCGUGACAAUAUCUUAUUUGGUUUGCCUUACAAGGAGAACCGGUAUCGAGUCACGUUGACAGCAUGUGCAUUGGAUAAGGACUUGUUGAUCUUUGAAGAUGGUGACUUGACCGAGAUUGGUGAGAAGGGUAUCACUCUCUCUGGAGGACAAAAGGCACGUGUGGCGCUUGCUCGAGCUGUGUACUCAAGAGCCAAGAAUGUCUUGAUGGAUGAUAUCCUUAGUGCAGUGGAUUCACACACGGCUCAGCAUCUAUAUCAAUAUUGUCUUACUGGUCCAUUGAUGAACAACCGUACACGUAUCCUUGUGACACAUCAUAUCAAGCUUUGUCUCCCUGGCGCUGCAUUCUUGGCUCACAUUGAGGAAGGACGCAUCAAUGCAGCUGGAUCACCAUCUGAACUCCGCUUAUCUGGAUCGCUUGCCCGUAUCAUGCAGGAUGAAGAAGAGCAAGUUAGUCACCAAGGAGAAAGCGAGGUUGAGAAAUACGAUGAUAUCGAAGAGACCAUGCCAUCAAAAAAGAAAGGGGCACCUGCAGCGUUGAUUGAAAAAGAAGAGCGUGCCACUGGAAGGAUCAAAAUGCGCUAUUACGGGUCAUAUUUUGCAUCGAUGGGAAGGUGGAUCUAUUGGCCAGUGCUUAUCCUUUUGGUUGUUGGUGCAUGCAUUUUCGAAGUGGGAGAGUUUUGGAGUAUCAAAGAAUGGACCCAGGCGGUGGAUCCUGAUGUUGAGUAUUAUCUCAAGAUGUAUACGCUCGUCAUCUUGGCAUCGGUUGGCUUUGGUGUUGUUCAAUACGUUGCCAUGUAUCUUGGUGGUCUUCGUGCAAGUCGAGCAUUGUAUUACCGGUUGUUGCAUCGCAUUCUACGAGCCCCUAUGCGAUUCUUUGACACAACACCUAUUGGACGUAUCCUGAAUCGAUUUUCCAAGGACAUGGAAACCAUUGACUCGACCAUCCCGGACAACUUGAUGAAUGUGGCAGCAAAUUGGACGACUGUGCUGGUCAAUGUGGUCAUUGUUACAAUCAUGCUACCUACGAUUACAGUGCCACUUUUGGUAUUGAUUGCAAUGAUUAUUGCACUUGGAUUUAUGUUUGUGGUGACAGCACGUGAGCUCAAACGUAUCGACUCGGUUACACGCUCAUUGAUCUAUGACCAAUUCUCUGAAACCAUUGCUGGUGUGAAGACCAUUCGUGCUUUUGGAGCAAGUCGUCGAUUUAUGGAACAAAUGAUGAAUAAGGUUGAUACCAAUGCACGCCCCUUCUUUUUUGCAUGGACAUCGAAUCAUUGGGUGGCACAGCGGUUUUACAUGUUCAAUGCCAUUGUCAACGUUGGUACUGGCGCCUUUAUUCUGAUCAAUAUGGAUAAAUUGGAUGCAUCCAUUGCCGGCUUUGUCCUAACGCUCAUUGUUUCAUUGUCGGAUCAGAUGUUCACUGGCAUGAGACAUUAUGCUACGCUUGAGAUGAACUUCAACUCGGUGGAGCGCAUUGUGGAGUUUACAGAGAUCGAGCAAGAGGCUACAGCUACAAAUGGUGUGCAAUUGCCGGCUUUGUGGCCAUCUGAGGGCAACAUUCAAGUGAAGGACUUGGAAGUGCGUUAUGCUGCAGACCUUGAUCCAGUCUUGAAACGCGUGACAUUUGAUGUGCGUUCAUCGGAAAAGAUUGGCAUUGUUGGCCGUACUGGAAGUGGAAAAUCGACACUAGCGCUCUCUUUCUUCCGUUUUAUCGAGACGACUCAUGGCAGUAUCGCGAUCGAUGGCGUUGACAUCAAGUCCAUUGAUAUUGAGCAAUUACGUAGCCGGCUUUUAAUCAUCCCUCAAGAUCCUACGCUCUUUUCGGGAACAUUGCGAUCCAACAUGGACCCUUUUGAUGAAUACAUGGAUGAAGAGAUCUUUGAAGCAUUACGUCGUACCCAUCUUUUGGAUGAUACCAAUAGCAUGUUCCAGGAUUUGAAUAUGGUGGUUAGCGAAGGUGGCAACAAUCUCUCUCAAGGCCAACGCCAGCUUGUGUGUCUCGCACGUGCAUUGCUCAGACGUAACAAGGUUGUAUUGAUGGAUGAGGCGACUGCAAGCGUGGACUUUCAAACCGAUCGAGCCAUUCAAAAGACGAUUGCAAGUGAAUUUUCUGGAUGCACCAUCCUUUGUAUUGCCCAUCGUUUGCAUACAGUGAUCGAAUACGAUCGUAUCUUGGUCAUGGAUAAUGGACACGUUGCCGAAUUUGCUAGCCCUCUCGAUCUUUUACGCGAUGAAGAAUCCAUGUUUCACAAGAUGUGCGUUGCCUCUGGAGAAUUUGAAGCAUUGCUUGCGCUUGCCAAAUCGAAGCAUCAGCUAGUGGAUGUAUAA